CGUCCCCGUCCGCUGCGGGCUCCGAGGCCGAAGAGAAAAGACUGCGAGGUGGCCGCGGCUGUGGCCGGAGAGGUGGGAUUCGGGGCGAAGCCCUCGCAGGGGGCAAGGUGAAAGCCAGCCACUGGGGGACCCUAACUCGGGGAGAGGUGGCAUAGCCCGCCGUGUCACCUCCAGCCGCGACGCACUUCGGGUCGGCCCUGCGCUCGGGGCCUCAGAGGGGCGGCGGCGGCGGGGUCAGAGGCCGAACAAAGAAUGAACCAGCAGUGGAAGAGAAUACACUAUAAGCUGGCUGGCUGCUGAUGAAGAUGAUGUUUUAUUUUUGUGGCAGGCUUCUGUGGAAUCUGUAAUAGAAAUGAUGGCUGGCUGUGGUGAGAUUGAUCACUCAAUAAACAUGCUUCCUACGAACAGGAAAGCAAAUGAGUCCUGUUCUAAUACUGCACCUUCUCUAACUGUUCCUGAAUGUGCCAUUUGUCUGCAAACAUGUGUUCACCCAGUCAGUCUGCCCUGUAAGCAUGUCUUCUGCUAUCUGUGUGUAAAGGGAGCUUCAUGGCUUGGAAAGCGAUGUGCUCUUUGUCGACAAGAAAUUCCUGAGGAUUUCCUUGACAAGCCAACUUUGUUGUCACCAGAAGAACUCAAGGCAGCAAGUAGAGGAAAUGGUGAAUAUGCAUGGUAUUACGAAGGAAGAAAUGGGUGGUGGCAGUACGACGAGCGUACUAGUAGAGAGCUGGAAGAUGCUUUUUCGAAAGGUAAAAAGAACACUGAAAUGUUAAUUGCUGGGUUUCUAUAUGUUGCUGAUCUUGAAAAUAUGGUUCAAUAUAGGAGAAAUGAACAUGGACGUCGCAGGAAGAUUAAGCGAGAUAUAAUAGAUAUACCAAAGAAGGGAGUAGCUGGACUUAGGCUGGACUGUGACACUAACACUGUAAACUUAGCAAGAGAGAGCUCUGCCGAUGGAGCGGACAGCAUAUCAGCACAGAGUGGAGCUUCUGUUCAGCCUCCAGUGUCUUCUGCAAGGCCCCUAACAUCAGUAGAUGGCCAGUUAACCAGCCCUGCAACACCAUCCCCUGAUGCAGGCACUUCUCUGGAAGACUCUUUUGCUCAUUUACAACUCGGUGGAGACAGCAUAGCUGAAAGGAGUCAUAGGGGGGAAGGAGAAGAAGAUCAUGAAUCACCUUCUUCAAGCAGGGUACCUGAUACGUCCAUUGAAGAAACCGAAUCAGAUGCCAGUAGUGAUAGUGAAGAUGUAUCCGCGGUUGUUGCACAGCACUCCCUGACCCAACAGAGACUUUUGGUUCCUAAUGCAAACCAGACAAUAGCUGAUCGAUCAGCAGCUGAUCGAUCGAUAACAGGGGCUGGAACAGUUAGUGUCAGUGUCAGAUCUAGAAGGCCUGAUGGACAGUGCACAGUAACUGAAGUUUAAAUUAAAAAAGUCUUCAGCUCCAUGCUUAAGGUUGAAAUGGUUAUCUGUAAAUUGCCCCCGUAACAUUAUACUCAUCCCUAGUAGUGCAAUUGGGGAUUGGGGUGGGAAUGGGUGUGGGAAGGAUAGAUCUGAAAUUAAAAUGUCUAACAUGUCUCUGCUGAGAAAUUUAUUUAAUGUAAGGAACUUGGGUGUUGAUAGUUGAGAGCUGUUUAGUAAUGACCCCCUUUUCUUGAUGUUUGUUUAUAGUUUUUUUAUUUUAAAUUUCUUUAGUUCUUUUGGCCAGUGUGUGUAUAUUAUCUGUGCAUUAAUAGUCCUCAUCCAACUCUUGCAUUACCUUUUUUUUCCUGCAUGGAUUGGCAUAAAACCAUUACUAAAAUUUGGCACUUGUGAGAUGUUUGGUAUCAUUAUGAGCAGGAAGCUUAAUUUAAUGUGGAAAUAGAUGUGAAUUUGGGAUUUUAAAAUAGAUGAGCUAACAACUAUUAUAUAGUAAAGUUAUUCAAAUGGAUUGUAAAGAAAUCAUUUAAUAACUCAUAUUUCAGACUCUUUUGUAAACACACUUCAUGGCGUUCCCAGAGGCUUUGCUGUCUAGUCCUUGUAGUUUGAGGUUUCUCUUGAUCUGCAUUUUUCUUUUUUUUGAUUAAAAAAUUUAUAAUUUAAUAAAUACUAGAGUUUAUUGAAAAUAAUUUGUCUCUGGUUUGAGUGUGGAAAAAGGAUGAAAAGUGUUUGAAAUUUGUGGCCAAAAGUCACUAACAAGUUAGUGUUUUAACUGAUUGUAUUCCACCUAAAUAGUCACCUGCUUAGAAGUUUGAUUUCUUCAUAGAGAAUAUUUAAACAAUCUGUAAGGUAAGUAUGGAAAAUAAACCUACAACCUGUGAGACUUAAGAAUUCUAUCAAAUAGCUGAUAUUUUAUAUUUUCUGUAGCAGUCUUGCACUUACUUCAUAAGUAAGUCUUACACUUAAUUAGUAUUCUUACACUCUGAAUUACAUGGCAGACUUGCAUAUAAACAGCAUUAACAAAUUCACUUUACACAUAAUAUUGUAAGACCAGAAAAUCUACUUUUAUCUUGGCAAGACAGGAAGUAUUGGGUUAACCUGGUAAUGUCCUCAAAAAAUGAGUCUGUCUGACUAUAUUUUUAGAACUCAGAAAGCAGGAUCAUGCUGAUUAAGGAUAUACAAGUUAUUUUUACUAUGACUCAACUGGAAUUAAAUAUAAUAGCAAAUAAAAUCAAGAAUUAAAAACUCCACAGUUUGAAGUUCUUUUUUACUUCUUAUUGUGAAAAGUUAAGAAUUGGGACUUAAUUCUUUGACAUGUAUUUUUAAAUAAGUAAAUUACUGGGAUCAUAAAAAUGUGAGUUAUGCAUUUUUAUUAAAUUUACUUUUAAAAUACAACUAGUUAGAAAAGAAGAACAGUUAAGAUGUUUUCUGGAAAAACAAAUCUAAAUGCAAAUGUUAUAGGAUUCUUCAUUAAUCUUUAUGUCUCAACUUUAAAACUAUCAAUAGUACUGCUGUUAACAGAAGUUCCAGGAAACGAACAAUAGAAUCGGUUGAUGUUCUGUAUUAUGCUUACUCACUGUUUAGUAGAUCUUUUUUAAAACAAAGGGUCAUUUCUCACUACUUUUUACUCCAGCUGCUUGGAGCAGAAAUGAUUUUCUUAUCUUAAUGUUCUCUUGAUCCCUGCCCCACUUUUUUCUUUAACUACAAGGUUUUUUGGUAAGUUAUUUCCAGGUAAGACAGAACAAAAUAUUUACGAAAAAUAAACCAAGAAAUAGGUUUUGUGUAGAAGCUUUCCUUUUCAAAAACUUCUGUUAUAGUCUAAGAACUAUUAUACAAAUUUAGGAAUUGACAAGUACUUUUUAAACAAAAGUUGUGUAUAUGUUAAUAAGCCAAAUGUUGGUAAACAAAACAAAUGAGUUCAGAUAGUCAAACAAAUCUGAAUUUUAGUAGUAGACUUCAAAGUAAUUCUCCUAUUCAUAUUUAGUACCAUUUAACUUUCAUAAAGAUUAUUCAUUGAAGUAUUCAUUGUAGUACAUACACAUUUAAAAAAAUCUAUUUAUUAAAUUUUCCUUUCCUAGCAAUGGCCUCUAAAUUUGCAGGUCCCCCCCAUACUGUUCCUAAAAGAUCUCUCUCAUUCUGUAAUGCCUCCUCUAAACACAGCUCUCUGCCUGAACAAACAGAUUUUUUCAGAGCUCUAAUGACUUCUGGUGGCCCACUGACAAAUUGCAUUAGCCACUCUUGUGCUUCUUCUAGAGAUUUAGUUUCAUCUGAAGACUGCAAGACCUCUUCUAUCAUUCCUAUGUUUAAGGCUUUUUCUGAAUUCAGUUUGAGGGCCCCACUUAACACUUUGAGAGCUUGUCUGCUGCCAAUAAUUUCAACCAGCCGGCUGGCCCCACCCCAGCUUGGAAUUAUGCCCAUCUCUUUGUGGACAAAUCUGAUCUCACUCUCUGGAGUCAUUAACCUGCAAAAGCAAAAAGAGAAAAAUAUAACUACAUAUAUGUGCUAACAAUCCUAAGUACCAUCUCUUCAUAAUGUGACAUGAAAUCACGGAUCUUUUUAGGCAGAUACAUAUUAGAAACUGAAUAUUAGAAAGAUGAAGUUGUUCAUCUAAGAUUUUUAACACAAAAAAAUAUCAUUUUUGUUGUGCUUGCUUAUUCUUAACUUUGCAAAUUGUUUAUUUCUAAAAGCCCAAUUUUUUUUCUCAAGUGGUGUCCUAAAGAGAACCUGAAUCAGGAGAAAGUAUGGGCAUAGGAAAUGUAAGGUAUUUACUGUUGUACACAUGCCCACACACAAAAGUAUAGUAAGGUAGGGUUCUCAGUCCUCAGGAAAAAAAUAUGAAAUUUUGUUUUAUAGCCCAACAUCUGUCUAGUAAAUAUUUACUGAGCACUGCCAAUACCAGGUAGUGUUUUAGAUGCUUGAAUACUCUGUGAAUUAACAGAAUUCUUGUGCUUGUGUACCAGUUUGGAGAGAAAGGCACUACACAAUAUGUGUUGAUAAGUGCUAUAAAGAAAAAAUGGGGCAAGGAAUUAACGAAUGAGGAUAUGUAUGUUGAUGGAUAUGGCCUGUGACAGAUAUAUGAGCAGUGCAAAUAUCUGGAGAAAGCAUUCCAAGAAGAAGCAAUUCCAAAUGGAAAGGUCUUGAACUAGGACUGCUUUGUAUCUCUGGGGAUGGGGUCAACUUAACUGGAAUAGAGGAAGCAAUGAGUAAUGCAGAACAAAAUCAGAGAGGUCUCCAUAAGGAGCUCAGGUUUCACUCUUUCUUUGUGAAAUUUCUUAAAGGAGUCAACCAAGAGACUAGCACCUCACAUUUUGUAAGGGUUGUUCUGGUUGCUGUAUAAAGACUUAAAUUAGUAUUUAAUAGCACUUAUACCAAUUGUUAAGGAAGCUUAUGUUAAUCCCUGAGAACAACCAUGUGAUGUAUGGUAACACCCUCAUUAUUAAAGAUGGAAAAAUCGAGGCAACAAAAGUUAAAUAGCUCAAUCUAGGCUACAAAGCAAUGGCAAAGCUAGGACUUAAACCUAGAUAGUGUUGUAUGUACUCAACUUUGUGGCACACAGUAGUUGGUGGGUCAGAGUGGGAGCAGGGAUACCAAUAAAAACAUCACUACCUGGAUAGACUGAUAGAUAGCAGUGAUUUCCUAUAGUAGGGAUUCUUUUUCUCCAAAUUGUGGAAUUAUUAUAAGUAUGACCAUAGAUUAAUAAGCAACAUGGAACAACAAAAGGGAGUUAGUUAUAAAAAAUUAGUGGUCAUAGCAAAAGGCUUCAUGUUUGCCUAGAAACAUCUGUAUAAUAAGGGAUUGAGUAAAGUUAUAUAGUUAGGAAAUAGUAUCAAAUGAGUUUUUGACUGCAUGCUUUCACUAUGUUAAAAUGUCAUUUUGACUAAAAUGUCAUGUCAAAAUUUUAAAUUCCUUAAGAAAAAUUGCUUUCAAACUAUUUGUUAUAUAAAGACCUUGAAUCUUGCUUUUCAAAACAUUAAAUGUUAACUGCAGGUGAUUUACUUCUCUUAUGCCCAAAGAACAACAGACUUGAGGCUUUUGACACUUUACAGGAGAAAUACUUAAGUACAGAAAUAUCUAUGAAAAUAGUUUUGAUAAAUUAUUUUUAAAUGAGGCAUAAGAAGGAACAGGUCUCAUUAAGAAUCUGAAUGUAGCUGAAAAUUGUAAGAGGAAUACUGCCUUAUCACAAACAAAACUGUCAAAAAUUUAAGGAUUCAAAUUAUAUAAUGUCUGAUAGCCUUGGAGAUAGGAAUAUUGUUAAUUUUUAACCCAGUCAUAAAGCUUUUCACACAAUGAAUUAUGUCAUUCAAAUUAAAUUGUGGAAUUCACACUGAUGUUGGUUCAGAGCUAUGCCUACAAUGGAGAAAAGGACUGUUAGGAACAUCAGCUGAACAUAAAAAUUGGUUAUUGUGCUAUGCAGGUAGGCUCAGUGACAGAGUGCUUGCCUCACCCUUUGGGUUCAAUCCUCAGUGCUGGGGGGAAAAAAUUGGUUAACAACCUAGAUGUUAGUAUAAUGUAUAUGGGUUUAUACAACAAAAGUUAUUACUAACAAACAUAUUUUAGAUUCUUUGCUUCUAAAGAAACUUCAUUAUGAUCUUCAUACCAUCAUCUUCCCCCUUUGUUCUAUUUUACAAGAUAAAAUGCCUUUUUAAAUACUACAUCAUAACUGUAACAAAUCCUGAGGUAAUCUUUGUAAGAUUAUCUGUUGUGUUCAAACUGACAUCUAUUCUUUAGUGUGUGCCUUUUUGUAUUGAUAUACAGUAAAUAAAUAUGAUAAAAAAAACCACUGGU